AUGGCACCAGAAGUUAAGGAUUUAUACUGUACGAGGGCCGGGAAGACAGCCCGAAAGAGCCGUGACAGCCGGGCCAGGCGCUCCAAGCUCUCCCUGUUACCGAACGGGGCUCUAACACAGAACCCUCUGGGCGGCCCCGCGGGGAGGCGCGGAGCGGAGCCGGGAGGCGCGGGCAGCCCGCGGGGAGGCGCGGAGCGGAGCCGGGAGGCGCGGGCAGCCCGCGGGGAGGCGCGGAGCGGAGCCGGGAGGCGCGGGCAGCCCGCGGGGAGGCGCGGAGCGGAGCCGGGAGGCGCGGGCAGCCCGCGGGGAGGCGCGGAGCGGAGCCGGGAGGCGCGGGCAGCCCGCGGGGAGGCGCGGAGCGGAGCCGGGAGGCGCGGGCAGCCCGCGGGGAGGCGCGGAGCGGAGCCGGGAGGCGCGGGCAGCCCGCGGGGAGGCGCGGAGCGGAGCCGGGAGGCGCGGGCAGCCCGCGGGGAGGCGCGGAGCGGAGCCGGGAGGCGCGGGCAGCCCGCGGGGAGGCGCGGAGCGGAGCCGGGAGGCGCGGGCAGCCCGCGGGGAGGCGCGGAGCGGAGCCGGGAGGCGCGGGCAGCCCGCGGGGAGGCGCGGAGCGGAGCCGGGAGGCGCGGGCAGCCCGCGGGGAGGCGCGGAGCGGAGCCGGGAGGCGCGGGCAGCCCGCGGGGAGGCGCGGAGCGGAGCCGGGAGGCGCGGGCAGCCCGCGGGGAGGCGCGGAGCGGAGCCGGGAGGCGCGGGCAGCCCGCGGGGAGGCGCGGAGCGGAGCCGGGAGGCGCGGGCAGCCCGCGGGGAGGCGCGGAGCGGAGCCGGGAGGCGCGGGCAGCCCGCGGGGAGGCGCGGAGCGGAGCCGGGAGGCGCGGGCAGCCCGCGGGGAGGCGCGGAGCGGAGCCGGGAGGCGCGGGCAGCCCGCGGGGAGGCGCGGAGCGGAGCCGGGAGGCGCGGGCAGCCCGCGGGGAGGCGCGGAGCGGAGCCGGGAGGCGCGGGCAGCCCGCGGGGAGGCGCGGAGCGGAGCCGGGAGGCGCGGGCAGCCCGCGGGGAGGCGCGGAGCGGAGCCGGGAGGCGCGGGCAGCCCGCGGGGAGGCGCGGAGCGGAGCCGGGAGGCGCGGGCAGCCCGCGGGGAGGCGCGGAGCGGAGCCGGGAGGCGCGGGCAGCCCGCGGGGAGGCGCGGAGCGGAGCCGGGAGGCGCGGGCAGCCCGCGGGGAGGCGCGGAGCGGAGCCGGGAGGCGCGGGCAGCCCGCGGGGAGGCGCGGAGCGGAGCCGGGAGGCGCGGGCAGCCCGCGGGGAGGCGCGGAGCGGAGCCGGGAGGCGCGGGCAGCCCGCGGGGAGGCGCGGAGCGGAGCCGGGAGGCGCGGGCAGCCCGCGGGGAGGCGCGGAGCGGAGCCGGGAGGCGCGGGCAGCCCGCGGGGAGGCGCGGAGCGGAGCCGGGAGGCGCGGGCAGCCCGCGGGGAGGCGCGGAGCGGAGCCGGGAGGCGCGGGCAGCCCGCGGGGAGGCGCGGAGCGGAGCCGGGAGGCGCGGGCAGCCCGCGGGGAGGCGCGGAGCGGAGCCGGGAGGCGCGGGCAGCCCGCGGGGAGGCGCGGAGCGGAGCCGGGAGGCGCGGGCAGCCCGCGGGGAGGCGCGGAGCGGAGCCGGGAGGCGCGGGCAGCCCGCGGGGAGGCGCGGAGCGGAGCCGGGAGGCGCGGGCAGCCCGCGGGGAGGCGCGGAGCGGAGCCGGGAGGCGCGGGCAGCCCGCGGGGAGGCGCGGAGCGGAGCCGGGAGGCGCGGGCAGCCCGCGGGGAGGCGCGGAGCGGAGCCGGGAGGCGCGGGCAGCCCGCGGGGAGGCGCGGAGCGGAGCCGGGAGGCGCGGGCAGCCCGCGGGGAGGCGCGGAGCGGAGCCGGGAGGCGCGGGCAGCCCGCGGGGAGGCGCGGAGCGGAGCCGGGAGGCGCGGGCAGCCCGCGGGGAGGCGCGGAGCGGAGCCGGGAGGCGCGGGCAGCCCGCGGGGAGGCGCGGAGCGGAGCCGGGAGCCCGCGGGGAGGCGCGGAGCGGAGCCGGGAGGCGCGGGCAGCCCUCCCUCCCUCUCUCCCUCCCUCCCUCCUUCCCUCUCCCCGGUGCGCGGCCAUUGCAGUGA